UGCACUGGAUCGGCGUUGCUUCAGCAGGAAAAUGGAUGACGUCGCCAGCGCGCAAAGUGAAAAUGAAAAUUUGCGUAAAAUUCGUAAUCGUUUGAUGCAAUGGGAGACCAAGACAAAUCCACUGGCAGCACUCAGUGCCCAGCAGGAGGAACACUUGGAUGUGCUAUCCAAUUUGUGGCACGACGACGAAAUAACGGCACCGGCAGUGAUCACUCCGACCAAAGUCACCAACCAAGCGGAGAGGAAAAGUGAGGGUGACAUUCAGUUGCCUGUGGGCGGACUGCAAAACACAAACGAUUUUCUGUUGUGGUUCGUUAACGUCAACACGGAGAUAGAACAACGUGGCGAUGCCAACUAUCACAAAUAUCUGCAGCAGUUGGAGCAACGCAAGGCCGAAUGUGCUCACAUGCUUACACAAAUCUCUGUGGCCAUGGAGCGUCUGGGUGCCCUAAGUGCUGAAUACGAGUUUGUUUCCCAGAAGACAAGUGCCCUGAACACAGCGAGUGAGCAGCUUAUCGAUGAGCAACAGAAGCUGCAAGAGCUUAACAACGAUAUCCAACGACGUUUGCAUUACUUCAGUCAAGUUGAGCUGCUCAAUCAACGGCUGCAGAGUCCCACGUUGUCCGUUGCCAGCGAAGCAUUCCGCGAGUGUCUAAACAAAAUUGACGAAUGCCUGAACUAUUUGGCGGAGCAUCCUAACUUUAAGGAUGCAGCUCCCUACAACGUGAAGUAUAAACAGUGUCUGUCUAAGGCCACCGGCCUGGUGCGCAACUACAUCAUUAACGUCAUCAAUCAGGCCACUGAGGCGACACUGAAUCCACGAAAUGCCAGCGGUGAUGCAUCCUUACAGGCCCCCGAUGCAGCUUUUGCACUCUACUAUGGCAAAUAUCAAACGUCUGCCGCGAAAGUAAAGCGUGUGGCACAGCUAAUCGAGUCACGUUUGGAGAAUAGUUGUAGCAGCGAGUAUGGCCAAUUAAUGACGGAUCUGCAGCAACAUUAUCUGGCUCAGCGAGCAAGUGUCAUGUCACCUGCCGUUAAUCAGUCCAUACAGAAUGUAAAGAACGCCCAUAAGGGUGACCAUUGCUCUCUGACCCGCAGUGCUUGCGCAUUUCUGGUGCACGUGUGCCAGGAUGAGCAGCGUCUGUACUAUCAGUUCUUUGGCACGGGAGCCUCGCAUCUGACUAUUUAUCUAGAGGGCUUAUGCACGAUUUUGUAUGACACCAUGCGACCGUUUAUAAUACACAUCAAUCACUUGGAAACGCUGGCGGAGAUCUGCUCCAUCCUUCGCAUUGAAAUGCUCGAGGAGCACGUGCAACAGAAUCCUGCGGGAUUGGAGGCAUUUGCAACGAUUGCACAUCAGUUGCUGCAAGAUGUCCAGGAGCGUUUGGUAUUCCGUGCGCAUUUGUAUCUGCAGUCUGAUAUCCAAAACUACAAUCCCUCAAAGGGCGAUUUGGCAUAUCCAGAGAAGCUGGAAAUGAUGGAGAGCAUCGCACUGUCCCUGCAAGAGCCUUCUCAACUGCGUCGAGCGGACUCGCGAGCCUCUAUGAUGUCCACCGAGGCGGAGAGUGUGGACACUGCUUACAGAGUGAAACAAAUGAAUUCGCCGGCUGAUCUGCAUGGCAUGUGGUAUCCAACUGUGCGACGUACUCUAGUUUGUCUGUCGCGUCUGUAUCGUUGCGUGGAUCGACCCAUUUUCCAGGGAUUGUCCCAAGAGGCGCUGAAAGCUUGCAUACAGAGUGUCUCGCAGGCAGCUGUUAAAAUUGGUGCCUCUAAGACGGCCAUCGAUGGCGAACUAUUCGAAAUCAAACACUUGCUCAUACUCCGCGAGCAGAUUGCACCAUUUCGUGUUGAUUUUACAGUGAAGGAAACCUCGCUGGAUUUCAGCAAGGUUAAGACGGCCGCUUUUGGACUCCUACAAAAGCGUAAACAGCUCUUCUCAAUGGGCAGUAACAAUGCAAUACUGGAAUUCCUGCUCGAAGGCACCCCACAAAUUAAGGAGCAUUUGCUGGACUCGCGCAAGGAAGUGGACCGUCAGUUAAAGACGGUAUGUGAACAGUAUAUUAAGGAUGCGGUUCACAUGCUGGUGGGACCGCUUGUAACAUUCCUCGACAAGGCACAAGCGCUAUUGACACAUGAUACGGCGAAAGCAACGGUUACAACGACCCCGGAGCCAACAACAGCCAAAGUCAACUAUGUGCUGAGGCAAAGCACCUGGGCGAGUCCACAGCAGAUAAGCAGCAUUAUUCAAGAAACUCAACGUCUGAUCAAGGCCAAGCUGGCGGUACUUCAGCGUGCUAUGCAGCUCUAUCUGAGCAAUCGUGAUACAGAGUUUAUCAUAUUUCGACCUAUACGCAACAAUAUUAUACAAUCCUUUAUAAAGUUAGAGCAAUUACUAACAACAAAUGGCUACUCACCGGAUGAUAUGAUCAUCACAAGCUGCCCAUCUGCGGAACAGGUCUCCAUAUUACUUUCAAGUGCCAGCAUUUUAGCCGCCGAGGGUGUGGCAAGCUUUGCAGCCGCAGCACGCAAAAUCAGCACCUCUUCAUCCGUAGAAGGAUCAACAGCCGGCAGAAAAUUAAGCACAAUAUCCAAUAAGGAUCAACAACAGACGGUAGUCGUAGAAGAGCCAGAAAGCGACCAGAUUCCGACGCCAGUUAACCCUGAAUAGCUUGCAAUAUGUAGUCCCUAUGUAACCCCCACUGUAUGUAUUUUAUAAAGCUAAGCAAUUCAAUAUGUAUAUUACAGUUUAUUCUUUCCAAGUAGAGCUAAUAAGCGAGCCUGUUUUUAUGUCCGAGUUUGUUAACAUAUUUUCAUUAAUCGGAGAGAUAAACAAGCUCUAAUAAAUUAUUUUUGCUAAGCAGCCUUAAGCAUGCCGAGAAUGUGACGAAGUCAAAGUAAAUUAUCAACAUUAAAAUACAAUUACAACA